CAAAACAUUCUUUGCAUUAACAAUUUCCAACUCAUUAGCAAUUUAGAAGCAAAUUAAUCUACAGCAACAAGAAGAUGAAGCAAACUCUCUUCUUCUCGCUCCUACUACUUGCUCCCAUUUUCUCAAUAACCACUUUAGCUGAGUCACCAGCUGCUGCCCCUAAAGCCCCAGCGAAACCUGCACCUACAAAACCUGCCCCCACCACACCGGCUCCGGCGCCUACAAAACCAUUGGUCCCAGCAUUGCCCAAUUCACCAUUGUCAGGUCCUGAUUCUUCUGGCAGCCAAGACAUCGUCAAGAUCCUGAGGAAGGCCAAGUCAUUCAACACACUAAUCCGGUUGCUGAAAACCACCCAAAUCAUCAACCAAGUGAACGCUCAGCUUGUGACCUCAAAAAACGGAGGCCUAACUAUUCUUGCACCAGAUGAUGGUGCCUUCUCAGAACUGAAAGCAGGGUACUUCAACUCCUUGGGAGAUAGGCAACAAAAAGCACUUAUACAGUUUCAUGUUCUUCCCGCUUAUGUCUCCAGCUCCAACUUUGAUUCUCUCAGCAAUCCUGUGCUGACACUGGCUAGUGACAGCCCCACAGGGUAUCAGAUAAAUGUGACAGCAUAUGGUACCAGUGUGAACAUAUCAACUGGGGUGGUGAAUGCCACACUCACUGGCAUUGUAUACACUGAUAAGACACUUUCCAUAUAUCAUGUUGAUAAGGUGCUUAUUCCUUUGGACUUCUCUAAGCCUAAGGCUAUAGCUCCUGCUCCGGCUGUUGCCAAGGCACCUAAGGCUGAUAAGGAUAACUCUUCAGCGGAAGAUGAUGAUCAGGCUCAGUCAGCUAAGGACAGCUCUGGUGCCGCCACUUUUUUUAGAACUCAUGGGACAACCUUCAUGUCCGUUGGCGUCGCUCUGCUUGCAGCAGCAGCAGCUACUAUCUUCUGUUGACUGUUGAACAGCAUCCAUUUCCAUGUUGCUCGCAUGUUUUGUUGCAAAAGGAAAAAAAGGAAUAUUUGUAUUUAAAUUAAUUUAAAA